AUGGCAGAAAGUGGAUCUAAAUCGCUCAAAGAUAACCCGUAUGUAAAAAAUAAUCGGAAAGCUUCAGUGGCACAUAAUGCACGACAAAGUAAAACACCCACAGGACAGCAUGUUCGAACAAAUAAAUUAGAGCAAUACUUUCGAAUUAUACCAUGUCUUUAUCCGGAACAGAUAUUUUGUUUCGCAUCAUGCCUACUGAAAUGGUAUCGUCUAGAAAGUCUACGACAAGAAGCUUUACUGACAGCUGGAACAAAAGGUCAGGCUAUUGAUCGUCAACAGACAACACUUGAACAGACAGUAGACGAUGGAUCUGUUAACGGUCAACAUGAUAAUGAUGAUGAUGAUAAUAAAGAGAUGGCUGACAAUGAAGAAAUAAGAGAAUCGACUGUAUUAAAAUCACAAGAAGAAGAAUAUGAACAAACCAGUUUGGCUAGUAUUCAUCUGCAAUCUGAAUUACUGUUGCCACAAGAAUCUAUCAGACAAUCUCAACCGAGUUAUGACGAUGAAGUGUUAAAUGAAAUCGAAGGUGAGGAACAAACAGAAAAAGGGGAAGGUGAGGAAGGAGGAGACGAGGAAGAACAAAGAAGGAGAAAAAGAGGUGAUACACUUACAACAAGUGCACCACCCUAUGGCUUGCUCAAUAAAGCGCCUAUGGUAAAGAUGAGUUAUGCUAAUGCACAAGAGAAAAGGAGUACUAUUAAACUAGCAUUUGAUACAAUGAAAUAUUCAACAAUACUUGAAAAACUUCUUGAUGAAACAUCAUUUUUCAGUCAAUAUCCAGAGUUAAGAGAUGAAGAUACUUUAGUUUUAGUAUUGUGUUAUGAUUAUGCAAUGAGAAAUUUUCAACGUCGUACACUUUUGUCAAAUGAACGUUCACUUGAAAUGCCUGAAAAGUCGAAAGUUAUUCUACCUAAUGGUCGGGUUGUACUUUAUCCACCUGGGGAAGAAAUAUUCAAGAUAGCUGAAAAUUCUGUUCAAGUUAUGUGUAUACAUUUAGCUGCAGCUGUUGCCCGUGUACGUGUACGUACUCAAGUGAAUUCAUUAAGAAAUCUCCUACCUGAAGAUUGGCGUAAAUCAGAAGAAAUUACUGAAAAUAUGCCAUUGUAUGGAUGGUAUAAUCAAUUACUUGGAAAACAAGAAAUUGUUACAAACUGGUUAAAAGAGAAUGGUUUCCGACGAAUUAUGCUUGGACGUCUACCACAACCGAAUGAGUAUGCAUCAGAUAAACAUUGUCCUGAUGUAUUUGUCUUUAAUAAACAAGAUAUGAAUCGUUUAGUUGACUCUGAAAUUGUUGCACAGAAAAAUUUAAUAUUACAAGAUAAAAGUUCCUGCCUAGCUGUUCACUGUAUGCUAUCAAAUUAUGCUGGUGGUGAAGAAGUGCUCUUUGUAAAUUGUAUUAAUAUUUAUUCAGCUGUACAUUUGGAAGGUUUAAUUGGUAAUAAAUUCCCGUUGAUUCAACCAGUUCCACAAAUUCGUUGUAUACGACCAUUGAAGGAAGAUGAAGAUGUUCGACUACCCAUAAAAAUGGGUUCUAAAGCUACAAAAAAUUCAAGUGAAGAUUUUUUAACUUUAUUACCAAAUGGUGAAAAUAAUCGAUUUAUUCGACAUAUUUUCAUUGAAGCCAGUGAUACACGAUGUGCUGUUGCAAGUCCAAUUGAAUUUAUUGAAAUUGAAAAUGAAGAUCCUAUAAUACUACGUGAUAUGUGGACGUUGCCUGGGAAUCCUACUAAGGAUAAUAGGCGGUUGGAUUUAAUAACUAAAACGUCAUCCAUCUUAAGACAUGCAUUGAAAUUUGCUGGUUUACGUACAGUUACAAUCCUGUUUCACUCAGAUGAUAUAGAGGAAACAGAUAAUGUAGUCACUAAAGUUGUUGAAGCAACAAAUCGUCUUUUACUGAAAGAAGCUGAAAUACUUGCACAAACUAGUCGGGGAACAAAUACCGGUACAGCAUUCAAUCCUGAAAUUCCAAAUUUCCCAGCAUUUCAAGAAGAAAGAGAUGCAUUUGAUCAAGGCAAGCCGAGUAUUAUAGCAAAGAAUAAAUUUAUACGAGUUGAAGCAACAAGUGAAUGCAAUGGUUUUGUUAUUGUAUUACUGCAUAAAGAGGUAAUUAAAUCAUUUCAGUUUUUGUAG